UCAUAGCGCAACGUCUAGGCAACCACGUUACCGUGUAUUUGUGAAGGCAUAACGCAAUGGUGUGCAAUUCCUAAACUGUCCAUUUUGCACGAUUAUAUUGUUCUUUGCAGAUCAGAUGACCAAUGUAGGCUAGAUAGCAGUUCUCUAAUCGCCUCGUCUACCUUUUCACUUGAGUAAUCGGAGUGUGAGAUCAGCGUUGCAUGACUCAACACAGGAGUUGCAUGCAGUCAUCACCUUCCUGUGUUGGAUACUGGAUGCGUGAACUCAGGAUUCAGAGGGAAUAGAUAAACAACGAAUACGUGUGGUACCAAUGAAUAGAGGAGGCCAGCCCUUCUCUCGAUGUCUCAAGCCAAUGUGGAGAGGUAGCAGUGGGGAGGGAUAAGGAGAAGUGGACGACGAGGAGAAGAGGCUCGCGCUCCCCCUGCCCCUUAUUUAAUUAAAAACACAGUUUACAGCUUAUGUAUUUAUUUAUUUAUUUAUAUUAGGGUUUAUUUAUUUAAUCUUUUCAUGCAGAUAACUGAUGAUGCCUUCUCUGAGCACUUGGAUUCACAUUUGAAUUUAUCGUUCUGUGCGGACAUUCAGUGGGUAACUGCACCCCACUUUGGAUACUGUGAAUUCGGAGGAAUUUUUUUCUUUUUUCUGCCUAUGACAAGUGGUUUGUGUGGUGUGGCAGGGGGUGAGCCAUGAACCCCUUCCACCCCCACACCUAACCACCCCACCCCCCCCCCCCCUGACCAGCCACACGCCUGCCUCUCAUGAAAGCCAUGAGUUUACCCUUACACCAGAAGCCCAACAAUAAGAGAACAGGCAAGCGCAUUAAUUUCUUCAACGACCAGGGUGAGACCAUGAAGGAGGCCUCGCAGAAUGCAUCUGAAGGGCCCUACUAUGGCCUGGGCGCCCUGGCGUCAGAGCAGAGCCACGGUGCCACCUCAGGAGCUGACAGCUCGGCUGCCGAGGGGCAGCGCAUGUUCCUGAACUCUGUCAUCUUCAGCCCAGAGAAAGGAGAGCAGAGCCAUGGACAUUACCAGCAGAUGAUGCCCAUGAAGUGGGCCCUCCAGAACCCCUCCCAGCAGCCUCAGCAGAGGCCCACGGGUGGAAACUGGUCGCAGGGCAUCACCAUGACGACAUGGACACAGAACUUUGCCCCAAAUUUGACUUCCCAGAACACUUUCCCCAAGCAGAUUCCCUCUGAGGACAUCUCUGCGCAGCAGCAGCAGCAGCAGCAGCAGACCACCUCUGCUAGGACUGGUGAAAAGCAGCUGCAGCAGCCGCAGCCACAACAGCAGCAGCAGCAGCACCAACAACAACAGCAACAGGUGCCCAGCUCCUCUAUAGAGGCCUAUAGAGAUUCCACUAAAGGACAAGCUAUGGACUGGGAGCAGCAGCAGCAGCCACAGCCACAGCAGUUGCAACAGUCCUUCCAGCCAAGCCAUAAGCCUGCAGGACUGAACACACAGCAGCAUUCUGGACCCAACCCGGCAGGGUCCUCUGUGCUCCAGCCUUUCCAGGUGGCCUUUGGACAGCCUAAACAGCACCUGCCGGCUGGCUACUAUCAGGUGUUCCAGCAGCAAGGUGGCAGGACGUUGCCAAAUUUGAGUUACAGCAUGCAGACUAACUCGCAGCAUCAAAUCCAGUCCCUGCAAAAGCAGGAUCAGCAGCAUGUGCAGAGACAGCAACAACAGCAGCAGCAACAGCAGCAGCAGCAGCAGCAGCUGAUUUUGCAGCAACAGCAACAAAUGCAACAUCAGUACCAACAGCAACAAUUAAUCCAUCAGCCACCAGUGCAACAGCAACCACAUCAACUUCAGCCACAAACACAACAACAGACACAGCAGACACAACACAUACACCAACAGUCGCAACAGAAACAAACACAACACAUACAGAGGUCUGAGCAAAUGCAAGAGUUACAGCCACACUUGGAGCACACCUCUCAAGUGCAGCAACAACAACAACCACAACAACAACAGCAACAACUACAACAACAACAACAGCCCAUGCAGCACAUACAUUCACUUCAAACACUGCAGCAACAGAAGCAGGCGACACAACAGCAGCCACAACAAACUCAACAGCCUCAACCAAUUCCCCAACAGAAAAAUGAACCACAAGUUCAGCAGCACAGUCAACACAUCCUAGAGUUUCAUCUCAGUAGUAGUCAGUCUCACACUCUCUCCCAGCCCCUCUCCGAUCAGCAACAGGCGCAGGUCAUGAGCCACUCUCAUUUACUAAGCGAUAAAUCGGCCAAGGACGUCCAGUAUCCCCCUGAUCCCCAGCAGUCCCCUCCCAGAACUGUGCAACCCGAGGAGCCUCCGCAGCCUUCCCACAGGUCGCGGCCCCUCUCCAAAGAGGACGGGGGAGACAACCCUUUUCUCAUCCCUGCCGAGCAGAUCCAGGGCCCUCAGGGCUUCCAGGAGCCCCAGAAAGGAGCCUCUGACGGGGCAGCGAGGGCACCGGUGGGGGAGGAGGUGAAGGCGGCGCCCACAGGGGUGAUCCAGAGCACGCGGAGGAAGAGGAGGGUCUCCCAGGAGGCAAAUCUCGAGACCCUGGCGCAGAAAGCCUCCGAGAUGGAGUCCCUGCCAUCACAAGCCAUGAAGGAACCCCACAGGCCCUGGAGUCCACCGUCCGGUCACUGCCCGAGGGAUCGGGAGGCAGAGGGUGUGGCAGCCAAGCGGCACCGGGACGAGUCGCUCCUCCCUCUCAUCAUCCCUGUUUCCGUACCGGUGCGGCCCGUGGACCAGGGCUCCCCUCCGGAGCGAGACCCCACAGGGAUUGGCCACAGCUGGAUUGGCCACACCCCCUCCCACCAGGAACACAAGCCGUCAGUCAUUGUGACACGUCGCCGCUCGCUGCGUAGUUCUCUGACCGACAACUCUGGCCAGAACGGCGGCCCGGAGGACGAGAAGGACGCCGACGGCAAGUCCGGCAAGGUGAAGCGGCGGCCGCGCCCCGAGCCGCUCUUCAUCCCGCCGCCCAAGCCGGGCACGUUCAUCGUGCCGUCGGUCUACUCCAGCAUCACGCCCUACCAGAGCCACCUGCGCUCGCCCGUUCGGAUGGGAGAUGGCGCCGGCGGCAUUGCGGGCGGUGGCGUUGGCUGCGGCGGUGGUGCCCAGGCCAUGCCCCCCUACACGCCGCCGCCCAUCCUCAGCCCCGUGCGCGAGGGCUCCGGCCUCUACUUCUCCACUUUCCUCUCCAACGCUGCCGCCGCCGCCACGGGCAGUCACGUGCUGCCCCCCGUGGUCACCCCCAAGUCUGCCACCCGGAGCCUGCUCCGCUCCAACAGCUGUGACAUCACGCCUCCUGUGCUCUCUGCCAUGAGUGAAGCCACACCAGUCAGCCUUGAGCCACGGAUAAACAUUGGUGUGCGCUACCAGGCCGAGAUCCCCGAGCUGCGUGACCGCUCGGCCUCUCAGUCUGACCAGCACAAGGCGGAGCUGGUGUGGGCCCCGCUCUCCGAACUGGACGCCCAGCCCAAGCUGCUUGAGAGAGUGAACGACCUCCUCCACCUGGCGUGCUCCAGUGCCCUGACGGGAGGAGGCACUAACCAGGAGCUGGCCAUGCACUGUCUGCACGCGUCCCGGGGUGACGUGAUGGGAGCUCUUGCCCUCUUGUUGUUGGAAACUCCCAUAUUUCCCAAACCUCACCCGCUGAGCAACUAUCAUUACUCAGGAUCCGACAACUGGACGACGACGGAGAAGCGCUUAUUUAACAAAGGCAUCUCGGCCUACAAGAAGGACUUCUUCAUGGUCCAGAAACUGGUGAGCUCAAAGACAGUUAGUCAGUGUGUUGAGUUUUACUACACGUACAAGAAACAGGUGAAGAUUGGUCGGAACGGAGCUCUCAUCUACGGAGACGUUGAGCCACCAGAGAUAAAACCAACAGAGGAGGAGGUGGACUUCAAGCAGAGCUCUCAGAGGUUGGAGCCUGUCAAGCAGGAGGACGACGGCAGGAAGUGGGAGAGGUCAGCUGACAGGAAGAGAGAGAGCAGUCCCGGAAGAGUGACACAGUCCUCCGUCACCACUGAACACUUAGAUAAAGUGUCGUCACAGAAGACCCAGAACAGCAGUCAGAGGGACCAGGCUGUCCUCGCCCCCCAGAAGCCUGAUCCUGGACCUGUGCAUAAGAGUGGAACCUCUGGAUCCGCCACCAAAGGCUCCGCUGGGCAGGAGGGGGAGUUCCCGUGCAAGAAAUGUGGCAGGGUCUUCUAUAAGGUGAAGAGCCGCAGCGCGCACAUGAAGAGCCACGCCGAGCAGGAGAAGAAGGCGGCCGCCCAGCGGCAGCGGGAGGCCGAGGAACGAGCGGCGGCCGCCGCCGCCGUCGCCGCCGCGGCUGCCCUCUCCGCCGCCCGGCAGAACGGCGCGCGGGACGAGCGCGGGGGGGCGGGCGGCAAGAGCAGCAGCGACGACUCCUCGGAGGAAGACGAGGAUGCCAACGACGAGGACUGGCAUUAGGCGGAGGGAACGGAAAGGUCCGGAACUUAGAACUGUGGCAACAGUGUGGUGUACAUUCAAUGGCAUCCUCUUUCGUCCUGUGUUUUGGACGAGUUGGCAUUUCAACUGAUGUGAAAUUUCAAAAGACCUUACAGUUAAGUGUGUGUGUGUGUGUGUGUGUGUGUGUGUGUGUGUGUGUGCGUGUGUGUGUGUUUGAUGAACAGUGCUGUACGAUCGAACGCUUAGGGUGGGAAUGUCCUGAAAUAUACACCAUACUGUAAGACGUCUCCCACCUAAACCCGCCACGGCUACUAGCCUGUAGAAGCAGCCAUUCGCUCUUUAAAGUAUUUGUGUCUUUUGUCAGUACAUGAAGACUCAGUCAGGGACAUGGACGUGUGUGCAAAAGCCGUGCAGAUGUGUGUGUCUGCGGAUGCAUGACUGUGUGAGCGCCAGCGAGUGUGUGUGUGUGUGUGUGUGAGACCGAGUGUGAGUGAGUGUCUAAAUGUUUCAAAAGCUAUCAGGGGUUACCUACCUUUUUAUUACUUUUUCAUUAUUUAUGGUUUGAUGCUCAUUCGAAAACAGAGGGCUACUUAAAGAGAGUGAGCACCACCACCCGUGUCACUCUCACUCCAUCUCUAUCUCUGAGUCUGGAGAGAGUUGCUCUGUCCAGGUCGACCGUUCAAACCAGUUCAGCACUUUUGAUGCCCACGCGCGCCAGUGAAGAGACCCUCUCUCAGACGUCAGUCAGGCCAGUGGGUGUGGAGUGGACCCGCCCUCAUCACUGGGCGGACCGCUAUCGAUCACUUUGAUUUAUAUCUACCAUGAAAUGACAAAAAAACAAAUGUGACAAAUUAGAGAUGGAAUGAGCGAACAAGGACCGACGAAUGAGUGCACAACGCUGAGCUGUGCAGAGGACUCUUUUUCUUUUGUUUGUUGUUGUUUUUUUAAACUUUGCCCUGUAAUUCUUUUUUAUCCGCAUUGCUUUUUGUAUUUUUAUUUGCCCUGUAUUCUUUUUUUUUUCUCUCUCUCUCUCUCUCUCUCUCUCUUUCUCUCUCUUUCCCUCUCUCUUCCUCUUUCUCGUCUUCGUGACUGCCAAAAGCUUGCUUGGCCGUGUCUCUUUCGUGCUGUAAGCCAAGCGCCAGGUCUCUCCUCUUCAGAUGCUCCCUCCUCCUCCUCCUCCCUUUUCUCUGGAAUUCCUGUAAACUGUCUCUCCCUUUUCAAACGAUAGCCUCUCUAUGGUUGAUGCCUUGUAUGUAUUUCAAUUGUUCAAAAUAAUUUAAAAGUUAUGACUGUGAUUUUUAUUAUUACAACAACAGCUACUAUGAUAUAUUUUUAAUCACUAUUACUGUACUGUUGUCUUGGUUAAUUACUGAUGAUAUGAAAAAAAAAAACGUUUUAUUUUGUUGAUAAAAAAAACAUGUUUGAUAAGAGUUACAUUUCUCUUUCCUAAAUGAUGUCCGUUAAAAGUUCUGUUGACGUGAGUGGUCAAAGGUGAUGUAUACAUAUAGAACAGAACAGCAGUGUUUGACAACAGACUCUGCACUCUGCAUUUAAUGCAUAUGUUUCAGCUUUGUUUAAACCUACCCCCCAAAGAGCAGCAUUAAAGGUUUAGUGAGCAAUGUUUGCUGUAAAAAGGAACAUGCUUCUAGAUUUAAAACCACAAUGGGAAUGCUGUGCAUUUUGAGUCUUGCUGCAAGGCAUUUUGUUAUAUAGUCAUUUACAUUUUGUAGGCUCAGAAAAAAUGGCUUAUAGAUGCAAUAAAAGGCCUGAUACAGGAACAAGAACAAAAUGCACAGUAAUGCAGGGAAACAUGGUCUUUUUAAAAGCCAUGACUUCAGAAUUUGUAUCAUUGUGGCGAGUCUGCAAGCAUUUUUAUAUCUUGGCAAGAAAAGCUACUUAAAUAGUUAGUGUGCUGUCGUUUCCUGACAUGAUUUUGAAAUGGGUCCUCUGUGACAAAAUCAGCAUCUCUGCUCGGUUUCCUGUCAAUCUUCGCUCGAUCUCUCAUCUGCUUACCUCCUCUGCCAAGUCGCUCAGGCAACAGCCAGUGGAUCUGCGUGUCUACGCCAUGAGAAUAUUGGAGAUGCGAUCAGCCAAGAAUGACAACACUCAGAAAUGCUAAUUUUUGGUUACUUGUGUGUGUGUGUGUAUCUGUCUGCCCUCGUGUGUGUGUAUGUGUGUGUGUGUGUGUGUGUGUGUGUGUGUGGAAAAGUAUGAGAGAGGGAGUAAGCUUGCAAUGCAUGUGAGUGAAAGCUCAUGUGUUUGUGAGCCAAUGAGUGAAUUUUUAGGUCAGAUAAAUUGUAAGACAAAAAAACUCAUACCCGAUUUUCCUUGACUGUUACAUUGUUUUUUACUCAGUGUUUUUGUUAUAAUUUUAUUGUGGUUUUGAUAGUUUCGAUUUUUUUCAUAAAAAAGACUUUGUGGGCAUUGUGUUGAAAUUACCUGCACAGCUGAACUUUCUUUUACUCUUUUUGUUUGGUUACUCCAUAUCCCAGCUCCCUCUCUUAUGCAACCAGCCAAGGCAAUCAAAGUGUUUGUGAAGACAGGUUUAUGAUAUAUUAUGUGUAAAUGACCCUCAUUGCUAUUUUCAUAAAGGCCUUGUACACUAAUGGUGAAAGUGGGAAUGAAUCCCAGAUGCUUUUUACUACAGAGUUAAUAUUUGUUUUCAUUUGAUUUUUUAUCACUUGUGAUUUUGUAUAAUAAAAUAAGCAGGGCAUAAAGCGCCCUGCGGAAUGAAUGCGGA